AUCGCGAGUGACAGACACGAAGAGCGCGACAAACGGACAGACAGCGGGAGAGCCAAGCGGCAAAUCGGGAUCUUCUUCCUUCUCGCUCGUUUGUGCUUUGGGGGAUAAACUUUGCCUUAAAAAGUUCGCCGUUGAACAAGCUCUUUUAUUUUGGAAGUUGCGCCACCGAAGUGUUGUUGGGUUUUUCUUUUGCGCGCACAAUGGCACCGCGCGUCCUUCGCCUCUUUGCGCACCUCCACGCGGAGCUCCAGAUGGGCGGAGAGCGAUAAGAACAACACGCGUGGAGCGGACAACCUUGUGCGUGUGGAUACAACGCCUCGUUUUCAUGUAAAAGCUCGUCGCUUUUAUUUUGGAGGAGUCUACCGAGGGCUCCGACCUGUGGUUUUAGCGGCUCCAGAGCGCACCUGUCUGACUCAACCAUGUUGUCUUGUGGGAAAUACUGCCUGCUUCUGGUCCUGCUCACCAAAAGUAACCUGGCCGACCAAGGAGUCUCAAAUCAAGUGAUUCUUUUGGACACCACGGCAGUGCUGGGGGAACUGGACUGGAAAACCUAUCCCAUCAAUGGGUGGGACGCAAUCACCGAAAUGGAUGAACAGAACCGACCAAUUCACACCUUCCAAGUUUGCCAUGUCAUGGAGCUUAACCAAAACAACUGGCUUCGAUCCGGAUGGAUCCAACGGCAAGCCGCGCAGAGGGUAUACGUGGAGCUUCGUUUUACUCUGAGGGACUGCAACUCCAUUCCUUGGGUGUCGGGAACUUGUAAGGAAACCUUCAACCUGUUCUACCUGCAGACCAACGAACCGUUGACUUCCGGGACGCGAUUUCGGCCCACCGACUAUGCCAAGGUCGAUACCAUCGCAGCAGAUGAGAGUUUUACUCAGACGGAUCUCGGCGAUCGCGUUCUCCGUCUCAACACUGAAAUCCGGGAGGUGGGGCCGUUGACACUGAGGGGUUUCUACUUGGCCUUCCAGGACGUCGGAGCUUGUAUUGCUCUCGUCUCGGUCAAGGUAUUCUACAAACGCUGCCCGUCCACUUUGCGGAAUCUGGCGGUGUUUCCUGAUACGGUUCCACAUAAGGACUCUUCCUCUCUGGUGGAGGUGAAGGGAGCCUGUGUGGAAAACGCCGAAGAGAAAAACCCGCCGAAAUUGUACUGCGGUGCCGAUGGAGACUGGUUGGUGCCGCUGGGUCACUGCGUAUGCAGCAUCGGACACGAGGAAAUGGACGCCUACUGCCAGACCUGUAAGCCCGGUUUCUUCAAGCCGUAUGCGGGCAACAUGAAAUGCUCCGAGUGCCCUCCACACAGCGCCAGCCACGACCAGGCCGCCACCAUGUGUCACUGCGAAAAAGGCUUCUACAGGGCUGUCAAGGACCCCUCCACCAUGGCGUGCACAAGGCCUCCAUCGGCACCCAGGAACCUGGUGUCUUUAAUCAACGACACGGCCCUGUUCCUGCAGUGGAUGCCUCCGAGCGACACGGGCGGCCGCGGCGACAUCACCUACAAUGUCCUGUGCCAGCGUUGCGACGGCGGCGGGACGCAAUGCGGCCCUUGCGAGCCGGACCUGAGAUUCAUCCCACGGCCGCUGGGUUUGAGCGGGAUCUCGGUGGCCAUUUUGGAUUUUGCCACGCCGGCGAACUACACCUUCCUGGUGGAGGCUGUGAACGGCGUGUCUGGGCUGGCCGUGGCUGCACGUGCGCUGAUUAACGUUACGGUCAACACCCACCAAGCUGGUCCUGCUCUGGUGGGUGUCAUCAAAAAGGACUGGUCCUCUGAUAACAGCAUCGCCCUCUCGUGGACAGAAGAGGAACAUCCACCAUUGGACAUUGUCGACUAUGAAGUCAAAUACUAUGAGAAGGAACAAGAGCAGCUGAGCUACUCGUCUACGCGGACAAAGCAUCCCAGUGUGGUGGUGACGGGGCUCCGACCCUCGACCGUCUACGUCUUCCAUGUGCGGGCUCGAACAACCGCCGGCUACACGGCAUACAGCUCCAACUUUGAGUUCUCCACCGCAGCCGAAGAUCCCGAUGUGGCUGAUCAGGGUCAAGUGUUGGUCGUUGUCACCGCGUCGGUUGGCGGCUUCUCACUCUUGGUCAUCCUCACCCUGUUUCUUCUCAUAACUGGACGGUGUCAAGGCUAUAUCAAAGCCAGGAUGAAGUCACAGGAAACCCGCAGGACACGAUUCCGCAGUGGCCACGUUCCGUUCUCCGGAAUAAAGACUUAUGUGGAUCCAGACACGUAUGAGGACCCCACUCAGGCUGUGGAGGAAUUUGCAAAAGAGAUAGACCCCUCAUCUAUAUGCAUCGAUCGGGUGAUUGGCACAGGGGAAUUUGGAGAGGUCUGCAGUGGUCGUCUGCACAUACCUGGAAGGCUGGACAUCACCGUGGCCAUCAAAACCCUGAAAGGCGGCUACAUGGAGCAUCAGCGGCGAGACUUUUUACGCGAAGCGUCAAUCAUGGGACAGUUUGACAGCCCCAACAUCAUCAGACUCGAGGGCGUGGUCACCAAAAGCAGGCCGGUGAUGAUCGUGGUGGAGUACAUGGCAAACGGAGCGCUUGACUCUUUCCUACGGGCGCGUGAAGGUCAAUUCACCGUGCUCCAGCUGGUGGGGAUGAUGCGCGGCGUGGCCGUGGGCAUGGCCUACCUCUCGGACAUGGGUUACGUUCACAGAGACCUCGCCGCUCGCAACAUUCUGGUCGACGCCAACUUGGUGUGUAAAGUGUCCGACUUUGGCAUGUCCAGAGUCAUGGAGGACGACACGGAGGCCACCUACACCGCCUCGGUGAACUCGUACUUUUAUCAUCAGGGAGGAAAGAUACCCAUUCGCUGGACGGCACCAGAGGCCAUCGCGUAUGGAAAGUUCUCCUCGGUCAGCGACGUUUGGAGUUUUGGUAUCGUCAUGUGGGAGGUGAUGUCAUACGGCGAGAGGCCUUACUGGGAGAUGUCCAAUCAAGAUGUCAUUUUAUCAAUGGAGGAGGGCUAUCGAUUACCUGCUCCGAUGGGCUGUCCCGUCACGCUGCACCAGCUGAUGUUGCACUGCUGGCAGAAGGAGCCCGCUCAGCGGCCACGAUUCAACAAUGUGCUUUGUUUCCUGGACAAACUCAUCAUUAACCCCAGCGGGCUCCUCACUCUGGUGAACGAGUCACUCAGCCCUGUAGGUGCAGCACCAUCUGCUGGAUCCGCGUGGUCACUGCACCACAUUGCCCCGAUGCAAAUGGACUGUAAUGGCGAAAAGAGAAAAGCGUUAUUAUCAGAUUUCCCCGAUUCUCCCGACGAUUUGCCCGACUACCCUCUCUUCAUCUCCAUCGGAGACUGGCUUGAUUCCAUCAAAAUGAGCCAGUACAAGAACAACUUCAUUGCAGCUGGAUAUACAACGCUGGAUUCCAUUUCCACAAUGAGCAUCGAUGACAUCAGGCGAAUCGGGAUCUGCUUGAUCGGGCACCAGAGGCGGAUCAUAAGCAGCAUCCAAUCUUUGCGUCUGCAGUUUCACCAUAUCCAACGUAGCGGCUUUCAAGUGUGAGGUCUUCACACAAAAGCCAGACUGUGUGCAGACAUUUGAUGGAUUGAUUGCACACCAGAUCGAGGAAGUGUCACACACUGCCGACGAGAGCAAUCGGGAGCUUGACAACGUGGAGCCAGGUGAACACGUCACGCCGACACUGAUGGCCGCUCCACCACGACGAACCUCACUUGGUCGUGGCAAAAUGUGAUAACUCAGCAAAUAUUCAAAUUCAUUUGAAUUGUAAGACUUGCGAUAUUUCCCUCCAGUGUUGAUUCAAGUGCCAGUUGAUGCCUCCACUCUUCCCAAGAGACAAUCCAAUGGUUGCUUUUCAUUGAUUUUGAAUGGUCUCAAAUUGGAUACCUCAAGACCAGAGAUAAUGUGGAGAGAACAUUAUGUCAUGUAUGCCUCACGAGGUCAUUUUAAUAAGAAAUUCGAUUGCCGGUUUAAAUAUUUCACCGGGAAUACAAAGUGUCAAAAUGGUCACAAUCACAAUCCUCUUUUUGAACUGAAGACAAGUGAAUGUCAAAAGAUUUUAUAGAAACGUGUUCUAUCCUCUUGGUAUUGCAAAGUGUGUCUUGUACUGAAAGUCACGUGACAGCUGUAUGUUUCUUCCUGAAUAAACAACUCUAUUUUAA